GCACGGUAGCUUCUGUUUAUUUGGAGGCAUGCUUGAAGCGCACUGGAAAAUAUAACCAGCUGGCUGUCUACCAUUCUGGUCAUUCGCCAAUUAAAGUUUAAUAAAUUAGCUAGCUAUUCUUUAGGUGCUAGCUAGCUGUUUAUCUCUAAAAGUGCGCAUUCGCCACCGAUAGUUUUAGGCAAAUCCAUACAAUUCAGUCAAGCAACAUUUUGGUAUACCUGUCCAGCUAUGUAGCUAGUUAGCGAACUAACUAGUGUGUGAUUGUUGGAUUGUUCAGCUCCCAACAGUUAGUUAAUGUUGUAUUCAGUUCGAACAAGCGAAGCUAUAGUUAAGUGGUUUCAUCUAGGUUGCUAACGAAUUUUUGUCAUGUCAUUGAUGGCAUUUUAAAUGACUUCAGCGUUGCUGACUAAGGUUACUAAGAUGUUACUCGUUGGUAGCUACACAGUCCUUGCCUUCUCGCACCCUAAUAGUGACAUUGAGGAAGAUCUGCGAUUGUGCGGCCGCUCUUUCUUUUCGACCGGAGACAUUUAGUUAAAUGCGGUGAAAAUUUGAUUGUGUAUUGUAGGACUGAUUUUAAUAAACGCAUAUUUUGGCUUAGUCAAGUGGCCAAGCAUGGAAGACCGUAAGACGGUGUGUGUAGUGUGAUGUGACUUAAAAAGCCCCAAGCUACCAAAUAGUCAGUUCAUCUGACACUGCAGUCUAGACUAAUGGUUGUGUUCUGGAAUUUGUACCUUAUUUGAAGAAACAUAUACUUAGACUGAAGCCCCCUGUUGUGCAGGCAGCAGUCAUGUUCUGGAAGUUCGAUCUGCACACAGCAUCUCAGCUGGAGAAGCUGCUGGAGAAGGAAGAUGUAACUCUUCAGGAGCUCCUGGACGAGGAGGACGUGCUGCAGGAGUGUAAGGCUCAGAACCAACGCCUCUUACUCUUCCUCACCCAGGAGAGCAGCUUGCUGGAGCUUGUUCACCUCAUCACACAUGAGCCCCCUACUGACCGGGAGGAGAAGCUGCGCUACAAAUAUGCCAACACAGCCUGUGAGUUGUUGACGUGUGAUGUAGCCAUCAUUAAUGAUAAAGCAGGCGAAGAUGACACUAUCCUGCACACGCUGUACAGCUUCCUAGAACAGGAACCACCACUAAACCCCUUGCUUGCAUCCUUCUUCAGCAAGACCUUUGGCAACUUAAUUAGCCGAAAAACAGAGCAGACUAUCAGUUUCCUGAGAAGACAGGAGGGGUUUAUUACGUUGGUGUUGAAGCACAUGGACACGUCGGCCUUGAUGGAUCUUUUGCUGCGGCUCAUCAGCUGUGUUGAACCUGCCUCCCUCAGGCAGAAUGUUUUAACUUGGCUGGAUGAGGAGAAGCUUAUUCAGAGACUGACGGGGCUAAUUCAGCCCAACAGUGACAAUGAGAGACAGUCAAAUGCAUCUCAGACGCUGUGUGACAUCAUUCGCAUGAGUCGUGAUCAGGCCAGUGUGGUUCAGGAGACUUCUGAUACCGACCCUCUGCUUGCUACGGUGGAGCUACAGCAGACUGUGGAGGGCCUUUUCAAGAACAUGUUUGAGGGGGAGAAGAGUGAAGUUUGUAUCGUUAAUGGAACUCAAGUUUUACUCGCACUGUUAGAGUCACGGAAAACAGGAGUGGAGCCGAUAGACUCAGGAUCUCAGGGAUUGGAGAAGUCUUACUCUGUAAACAACAGCAUCUUGCUAGGCAUUCAGCCUCACCUUAAACACUUCCACCACCUCCUGCUACACCCUCCUAAGAGGUGCAGUAUGCUGACCACCCUGGGCAUUUUGGAGGAGCCCUUUGGGAAUGCCCGGCUUCAUGCCUGCAGGCUGGUGGCCGCCCUGCUUAGCACCAACGCACCCAGAAUCCACCAUGAGCUCUGCCAGCUGGACAUGAUCAACCUGCUGCUGGAUCUGUUUUUUAAAUUCACGUGGAACAAUUUUCUUCAUGUUCAAGUGGAACAGUGUGUAUCUGCCAUCCUUAACCAAACGGUGCCCACCGAGGGGCCCACACAGGACAGUCCAGAGCCAGCCCGGGCAGAUAACAUGCAUCCUUCCAAUGCAGACACUGCAAACAUGGAAUUGCUGUCACACCAAGACCUGGUAAAGCAUCUCUUUCAGAAGUGUAGGCUGGUGCAGAGGAUUCUGGAUGCUUGGGAGGAGAAUGACAAGACGCAGGCUGAGGGAGGCAUGAGGAGAGGUUACAUGGGUCAUCUUACCAGAAUAGCCAAUGCAGUAGUACAGAGUGUGGAGAAAGGGCCAGUACAAGCUCUGAUCACAAACCUCAUAAAUGAGUUACCUAUUGACUAUAAAGGACGCUGGCAAAAGUUUGUGGAUGAAACCUUAAUGGAGACCAACAAGAAAAAUGCUGUGGACUUGGUGUUUUCUGACUACCAGAUUCAGCAAAUGACGGCAAAUUUUGUUGACCAGUUUGGAUUUAAUGAUGAUGAGUUUGGAGAACAUGAUGACAGUAUCAAUGCAACAUUUAAACGAAUUACAGGAAUGAAGUGUAAUCUGGUGGAUCAGGGCCCUAGUGCAUCCGCAUUUAGUGUCUGCAGUAAAGAGAAAGUGCGGCAGUUGGAUGAUGCUGACGAAGAAGAGGAUAUUUGGGAGGACAAAGAAAUCAACUAUGCAGCACAAGUAAAGGCCCGAACCAGAUUCGGGGUGUUAUCGAGUGUCCUGAAGAAUGAGGUUGUGGGCGGAGCUCAAAGGGACUUGGGGUCACCUGACCUGGAACUGUUUCCCGAGCCUAAGCAGAUUCCUGACACCAACCAGGGUCAGGAGGCAGGCCAAGGCUGGGUGGCGAGUUUUGAGGAUGACUUUAACUUUAAGGCUGAUUUUGCGAGUGUCGCCUUGGACACGGGUUCUGGUGUGUGGGGGAGCCCAACUGGCCAGUUGAGUGACGGUGAUGACAAAGGCUGGGCCACCUUCACUGACUUCCAACCCUUCUGCUGCUCAGACUCUGGGCCCAGAUGCAGCUCCCCGGUAGACUCGGAGAGUCAAGCGAACGUGGACAAAGACGUGAAGGGAUCGGCUACGUGCGUCUGGAGUGUGUGCGGCACACGGAAGGCUCCUCUGGUAGCCUCGGACAGCAGUUCCAGCUGCUCUGACAGUGAGGAAGAGGAGGAGAGGAGUGAGGUUGUCAUGGAGACUAUCACCACUGGAAGUGACAAAGAGCCCGUCAGGCUCACUAUGGAUACCAAAAACAUGAAAGCACUAUUUACCAGUGAGGCCAAUGCCAAAGCAUCAAGUGGCAUGGCAACAAGCACCAUGGUGAUGUCCAACACUGAUACCCCUCCCCCGAAGGAACCGAAAGCAGUCUAAAGAGUUCCAAGACACAAUGGUCCUAGAUAAAUGCCCUCCAUAGUUUAGAGCCACCUGGAUGUCCUACUCUGUCUCUGCAACUGUCACUGAUCCACCUAUCAAAUAUCUAUUGGCCCUGCCACAGCUGACCACAUUCCUUCAGUCCACGCCAUUCUGCCCCAUUUCAUAGCAGCUGCUGCUGGCCUGAAGGCACUUGUGCCAGUCAAAUGCCAUUCUGUGUCUGUUGCUAGCAAUGUUGCCAACAGUGUUGCUAAGGGGCUACAGCUGUGAUAAGGCAGGAAUACUCAGCUGGUGUCGCUCCAGGGCGGGCACUCUUCCUUCGUUCCUUUUUCCAUGCUGACUAGUCCAUCUACCAUCCAGAACGGCAGUGCAAAUGAGGCUUUGUGGUAUUGUUUACUGCAGCAGUUCUACUCUCCUUAUGCACCUUGAUUUGCUUGCACUUUUACUGGCUGUCCCCAGUAAGUAUAUACAUUCAACAUAUUUUUGUUUGGUUUGUUUUUGUUUUUUUGGUAAUAAGCUGCAGCCCAUCUUGCUGGACCAUCACAGGAACUUAAUGAUUGACAUGAGGCCUCUGCCUUACAAAUGACAGUUAUCAUUAAAAGAGGAAUGGAUUUCCCCCCAAACAGUCAUGUGUGCAAGGUCCUUGUACAUCAGGUGUGCGUGUGUGUCGGAGAGAGGGGGACUGGUAAUAGUCUGUGUGGCAUGCUUUCAAAAGCUCAGAUCUGUAGUUUGUAGGACCUUAUGCAAUGAGGUUAUAUUCUGUAGCUAAUAUUAGACAUUUCAGAUUAUGUAUCAUUUGUUUUUAAAGUACAUGACAGGAUCAUUGUUUACCCUGUUGGUGAACACAAGGCAGGGGGCAGGAGGUAUGUCUUGCUAAGUGCUGGAGAUAAGUGUUAAAUGUCACAAAUAUUUCUUCUUUUGCACUUAAUCUCUGAGUAUUCAACUUGCACAGCAUUUUUAUCCAGCUUUAUUUUCUAACCAAUGCACCAAGCAACAUCAUUUCUGUCUCUCUCUCUCGCACGCGCUCUCUGUCAUGAGACACACACACGCACACUAGCUAGAGGACAAAAAGUGUGUGUUGCAGCAUAUGUGUAAUUUGAGACCGGAAGCCAUUUUUCUAAAUUAAACAUUUGUUUUCCGGGUGUGAGGACUUGUUUUCUCAGGUGAGAUGAUGAUAAUAUUCAUAAUAAUGUGUGUGUCCAUUUGGUUCACCCUUGAAACACCUGGGCCAUAUGCAGUGCAUAUUUUUCUUUUUCCAAUUACUUCAAGUACUUUUUCAGCAUGGCAUUUAAAAUAUUGCACAUUGUGUCAUUUUCAACAAUUACUACUUUAAAUACAUGGAAUUUGUCAUUCAAAUGUUUCCCAGCACUUUAUUUAUUUAUUUAUUUUAAGUACAAGGUUCACAUCCUCCACAUGCUACUAAGGGAAAAACCUGAAAGGGGGAAAAACACCCUUUAUAAUGGUAGGUUUAAAUUUAUAGUUGAUAUUUAACUCUGAUUUGUAUUGAGUUUUUGUUUUCGUUCUAAAGUAUAAAUUUACAGGUAGUCAAUAAAAACAUCUUCAGACAGUACAAAUGUGUAUUUAAAGCAUUUGCAGAUUCCUUUUAAUUCACCCUGCUAGGUUUGAUAAAGACUUGAAGACAAAGAAUGAACAUAUGUACCUGAUCCAUGAUCAGUCCAUUAAUUUAGAUAUACCUUGUCCAACACCAAUUGUUUAGUCAUUUCUGUAUGAAACAGUUAAUUUUAUUUUGCACAAUAUGUAACUUAACAUACAAUCUAUAUAUUUUUAUGAGGAGUUACUUGCAAAAUACAAUGCUUCAGUGUGUAAGUGAAAUUAGAGGCAAUAACAAAGUUUGAGUGAUUUAAUGUUUUUAACUUGCUUUGCUUUUGCUACAAACACUGCAUCUUCGCAUAAAUUAUUUGAAUGUGUAUGUGCAUAUUUCACAUACACAUUCUUUCUUUGUUUUUGCAAUUUUGAAAACUUGAUUUUUGAUACCAAAAGUUACAAGGCAGUGAUGGUCACCGCAGAGUACAUUGUUGCUUUGUCACUGUUUUACACUACUGUGUACAUGAGUGUGAGAAUUUAUACUUUCUAAUUAAUAUGCAGGUAUGCGUGUAAGGUGUGUGUUUAUUUCAAAGUCUAUAUGAUGUCCAUUCGAUCCAGGUCUUAUGUUUUGAUUUUAACAAAAUUCUCCCUCUUAGUGAAUUUCAUGACCAUUGUAUUUUUGCCAAAACUAUACUCAUUCUUUUUUUUCCUCCUUUAAUUGAUUUUCCUUUUACCUUUUCCUUCUUUCUGGGAAACAGGGUUACAAAUGUCCCCUUCCUAAACAAAUUGCUCUCUGUUUCUACCCCCAUCAUUAGUCAAGCCUGUACUGUAUGCUUUUACAGUAAAUCCACACUGCCUUCUGCUGAUCAGUGUCUAAGAUGAUGUGAUCUGUAUUCUGUUUAUCUUGUCUUCCAAGUAUGUACACACUAGUUAACUGCUCUUAUACUGCGCUCUUAAAAUGCUGUAGGUUUAUGCCUGUUCCUGUUUUCUGCUUGUAUUGUAUGUGAGUGUUGAGUGAUGUCCAGGAGCACAUCUAUGGUAGCAUAUGCCUCAGUGUUGGCAUUCCAGGUUUUUUCAAAAUUGUGAUCAUGCUUAGCAAACAAACAUUUUGCUAAAUAUAUUUCAUUAGUGAAAAAUGAUAAUCAUUCUUCCUGCAGUCAGAUUCUCUGACUGCCUGGUGUUAAGUAACAAUGAUGAUAGCCCUCAUGUAUUUAUAAACGUACUUAAAAUUACCUAAUGAUACUUAAAAUAAACGUAAUUUAUGUAAUAAUCUUUCUCUUAUUGCUUUAGCAGUUUCCCCUUUUCCCCCUUUCAAACACCACCCAGAGUGCCGUACAAACCAAACCCUUCUGCUUCUUGUUUAUAUUCACAUCCUGCUUUAUUUUAGGUGGCCUAAUGUCAGUAUAUACACCUGUCAGUCAUACUUUUAGUAACUAACAUUGUUUCAUUAGGUUUCUCUGACCUUGUAAUUAUUGGAUUAAUUUACUGUGUGAAAACAUUUUAUUUACACUAAUUUAAAGUUGGGCUAGAAUCUAUGUAAACAUGUAUACAAAGUCCUAAAGCAUAGGUCAUCAUUUGUUCCAGUAUUGUAUGGUAUCUAUUGCCUUCAGCAUCUGUGCAUUGUGUGAAUCUGGAUUACAGCUCUCCCAUCAUUUAAUCAGAUGCUUUUUGUAUUGUAAACUGAUGCUGGUAGUUUUUCUGGUUUUUUUUUUUUUUUUUUU